UUUAAGUGCCUUUAGGAAAUCCUGAGAAAGCUGCUUGUGAUGGCUAGGGCUGCAAUAACAUUCCCAGUGUUGGUGGGACUCCUCCUAACUACCACUAGUACUGUUGCCUUUGGGGAAUCUACCAAUCCCCUGCCCCACAAUGGAAUCUGCAGGAGACAAUACCUUGUGGCAGCUACCUCAACAGACACAGGGACUCUACUAUACCUCUCAACCUCCGAGCUCAAUAACUUCACACUUGAAAUUUCUGAUCGCUUUUUGCCAACCCAGUGCGGCGAGAACUACGAAUUAUGUGAUGUCCUACUAAUUGAAAUGGAGUCUGAAGUAAUCGUUUUUGUCCCAUCACAAGGAGGGUUUGUCAUGGUUACUUAUCGGGUUGGUGAACUCCCUCACGACAUCUUUCAUCCAGUCACGGCAAAUUGUCAUCCGGUAAAAGUAUUUUUGAAUUCCGAGCACAAUCUUAUUGUGAUCGUGUGUGUUGAGUUAUCAUCUGAUACCAAUGGAUCGCUGUUUAUUUUCGAGUUCAGUUUGUCACGGAUGACUUUACGAUGCUCUGAAAGAUUUGUACUUCAUAACUCUAGAACUUUAUCCGAAGCUGUACACGCAAGCAAUCGUAUAUUCUUCACCGAAGACGAUGACGUGCUAGUAGCUGAAUCCGAGGCGUCUUCAUCGCUCGAACCCGGAUUCUUAAUAACAAUAAAUGAUUGCACACAAACUAAUCAAAUAGAUGUCACUGGGAACGAAGUCUCUAUCUACUGUACUCAGAACGAUGACAGCUGGACAGUCGUGGCUAAUUCUCACUUCUCCACACACCACACCUACUCUCGCUAUCCAUGUCCUGGGUUAAACCAAUAUGUCCGCGUUGAAAAUAAGAGACAAAUUAUGUUUGGCAACACCACUCAACAAUCUUUAGUUGGUGAACUCCCUGAUGAUAUUGCAUAUGCAGCUUGUCUAGGAUCUGAAGAUUCUUUUGUGUUUUGGGCGUUUACUGAAAAUGGACGGUUAGUUAGUGUUCCUUUAACAACCGAAAACCACACGCUAACCAACUUGUCAGAAUGCACUACUGAGGGGGACAAUUGUCUAAGGCCAUCAUUUGAUGCCAGGAAAACUAGUGGAGCGUACUUCAAUCAUGAGACAAAUCAAGUCCAUAUUACAAAUAUCACCAGUUUGUGUGGACACAGAACAGUCAACAUGUUCGGGACCCCACAAUUGUUACGAAUUACCUUAGGGGAUAAGGAAGACAGCUGCUCAUGUGCCAACAAAUUGCCAACCACAUUGCCGACCUCAUUGCUGACCACAUUACCGUCCUCAUUGCCGACCUCAUUGCCGACCACAUUGCCGACCUCAUUGCCGUCCUCAUUGCCGACCACAUUGCCGUCCUCAUUGCCGACCAUAUUGCCGACCUCAUUGCCGACCACAUUGCCGUCCUUAUUGCCAUCCUCAUUGCCGACCACAUUGCCGACCUCAUUGCCUACAUCAUUGCCGACCUCAGUUUCAUUGACUUUGCUUGUUGUGGGCAUUCUUCUCAUCAUUACAGUUCAUUAUGGCUCUGGUAUAUACUGGCUCUGGUACUGCCGGCUCUGGUACUGGUUGCCCCAAAUUAUUUAUUACGGCCAGAUAUGACGUUUGGGUGUGGUUUGGUAGAUAAGUAUAUAAGAGGAGGAUAUGGACCUAUAUCCUCUGCUACCGUGGUUACUCUGAGGCGUAACCAAGGGGUAUGUAACCAUGGUAUAUAGCGGAGGAUAUAUGGGGUGCAUACCCUCCGAGUAGGUGUGGCAUAUCUGACUUAUAUCACAUGACUGCAGUACUAUAAAAGGACCUCCCCUUAACAACAGUUCAAUCCACGAUGCAGACUGUAAAAAAGAACAAGACUACCGUACUUAUUUGAUUUAAGGCGACACUUUUAAAUAAAUACAAAGCUAGAGGUCGUUUCUUUUGGAGGUUGAAAAAUUAUGUUGAAGUCCUAGCUGGUGUCGCAUAUUUAUAUUCACCAUUUAGGCCGGUGAUGGGGGAGACAGUUAACUUUGUUUGCUCACAGCUUGUUCUCUUCUUUAUAUCUUUUGCAGUAAUAGCUGCAUAGCUGCAUCAGUUGAAUCUGGCUCUCUGUUGCUUUUGUACCUCUCAGCCUCUUUGCUCUAAUUUCGGCCUUAUAUAUAGCCACUGGUUUGAAGAUAGUGCACAAGAUGGAAUCCCUCAUAGGAUUUAGUUUUGCAUACAUUAGUUACUCUUAUAUUUCUUUUGAUUGGUGUUACUACAGUGGCAUUGGGUUAGUUUCGUCUACAAUUAAGUAUACACUUUACUAAUUCAAGUAUAGUGGAGUAAUUGCUUUUCUAGGAACUAUUAUUGUUCCAUCGGUUCUGGCGACUACUGCAUGUGGGAGGAAUUUUUACAACUUGUAUCAAAGUCAAAACAAAAGAAUCCUCUGCUAAUCCGACAAAACCACAGGAAAAUGUGUCACACAGGACAAUAAAUCCAACUCAGGAAACAUAUCACAGAAAGAUGUGUCACUGUGACAGGGCGCUCAGGAGACACACCGCAGCAAGAUGAUUCUAUAUAGUUGUAGAAGUACACAUGCAUAAUUAAUGUUGACUUGCUAUCAGCCAUGCAUGGAGCUGUAGGUGAACUUCAUUUGGUACAUGCUGCAUAUACCCUUUUUUUUUAUAAUAAUUUUGCAAAAUGCAUGGAUACACUAGUAGCAUAAUUAUUAUGCUAACCUAAUGUGUGCCCUGUAUAUAGUACUUACAAUAGUGUGUACAAAUUAAAGAUAAAGACUAAUAUUAUACUAAUGCAAGUUACAGAGUACAUUUCUCUUAAAUGACAAAAUCAAUGUACUUUCCUGCAGCUCCAGUGGUAGUUCAUUCCAUAUAUUAUAGAUAUUGCUUUUGGGAAAAAAGAGUUCGCAUAUGCAUUUGUCCUGCAAAUUGGUCUUUCAAUCUGUAUAUUUUUUGUGCUUCUUAGAUUGAGAGGGCAUACUCUUCUUUCUAGCGGUGGAUCAGGGAAUUUAAAGUUACCAUUUACCGUAUAGCGCGAAAUUUUCGAGGCAGUUAUAUUUCGUGGAUUGGCCUCUAAAAGCCAUUUCGUUGCACAAUGUUCGCGGAAUGACUGCUUACCGGAAGCCACGCCUUUAAAUCUUGCACGUUAUAGCAGGUAAAGAACGAUUUUCGUGGACUUAAUUUUUGUGUAGGAUUGCUAACCCACGAAAUCCACGAAAAUUAAGCCCCUCGAAAAUUUCGCGCUAUACGGUAUUACCAGGUAAAGGUAUGAUAGUUUCAGGUACAAUCUUCUUGUGGAAAGGGACGGUAGGUCCACAGUAUCUAAUAGGGAGUCGUAGUCCCUAUUCCAAAGUUUUGUGCACAUUUUAAGGUAGCCUCGAUUCCAUUUUAAGGGCAAACUUUUGUAUUUUGUGAGAAUUUGUUUUUUGGUGUGAAUCCCAAACAGGGGCAGCUAGCAUAUUCCAGUUUUGGUCUCACAAGUGAGAUGUAGAGUUGUCUUAAACAUUCUAGUGACGAGUGGCCAUAGAACUGUCGGUAAAUUAUACCAACCUGCUUGCAGGAAUUUCUGCACAUUCCUUCUAUGCGUUUUGACCAUGAGAGGUCAUGAGAGAUCCACACGCCAAGGUACUUGUAGUGGUCAACUUUAAGUAUAGGGGACGUCCAUUGAUAUUGAGACACAUGUUGGGAAGUGGUGGGCUGAAUUUUCGAUAUAAUCAUGUAUUUACACUUGCUUUGGUUAAACAAGAGUACAUUUGUUUCAGACCAUGCUUGGAGUUGGUCAAUAUCUCCUUGCAAUGUUAGAUAAUCUUCAGGAGGAUGGUAAAGAAGAAGAUCAUCAGCAUAGAGCAAGAGACUUCCUUCAUUUUGAUGUAGAUCAAUGUAGAUUAGGAAAAGAAGAGGUCCCAGCACCGAACCCUGUGGAA